AUGGCCCAAUCCUCCUCUCUUGAUGUCCUGCUGAAAGGCAGCUCCGGCCAAAGUACGCGCGGUCUACUGCGGAUCAUUAUCCUCAUUACCAUCGCCGCCGCUGCGGUGGCCAGUCGUCUAUUCAGUGUUAUUCGAUUUGAAAGUAUUAUUCACGAGUUCGAUCCUUGGUUCAACUUCCGUGCAACAAAGUAUUUGGUUCAGAAUGGCUUCUAUAGCUUUUGGGAUUGGUUCGAUGACCGAACAUGGCACCCCCUGGGUCGUGUCACUGGUGGCACUCUGUACCCCGGUCUCAUGGUUACCAGUGGUGUUAUCUACCACAUUCUUCGCUUCCUCACGAUCCCCGUCGACAUUCGAAACGUUUGCGUUCUGCUUGCCCCUGGCUUCUCGGGCCUGACGGCCCUGGCAAUGUACCUGUUGACUUGCGAGAUGUCCAAAUCUCCCUCUGCUGGUCUCCUCGCCGCUGCAUUCAUGGGAAUUGUUCCCGGUUAUAUCUCGCGGUCUGUCGCCGGUAGCUACGAUAAUGAGGCCAUUGCCAUCUUCCUACUGGUCUUCACCUUCUUCCUCUGGAUCAAGGCAGUCAAGAACGGAUCGAUUAUGUGGGGAGCAUUGACUGCUUUGUUCUACGGUUACAUGGUCUCGGCUUGGGGUGGAUACGUCUUCAUUACCAACCUCAUUCCUCUCCAUGUCUUCGUUCUUCUGUGCAUGGGUCGCUACAGCUCUCGCGUGUAUAUCAGCUACACCACCUGGUACGCUCUCGGAACACUGGGUAGCAUGCAGAUCCCCUUUGUCGGGUUCCUGCCCAUCCGUAACAGUGACCACAUGUCUGCCCUGGGUGUCUUUGGACUGAUCCAGCUUGGGCUUUUGCGGACUUUGUCCGCGGGUGUCAUUGCCCCGUGGAGUGGCCGUUUCUACUCCCUUUGGGAUACUGGCUAUGCCAAGAUCCACAUCCCGAUCAUCGCGUCCGUCUCCGAGCACCAGCCCACUGCCUGGCCAGCCUUCUUCUUUGACCUGAACUUCCUCAUCUGGCUCUUCCCAGCUGGUGUGUUCAUGUGUUUCCAGAACCUCAAGGACGAGCACGUCUUCGUCAUCAUCUAUGCUGUGCUUGCGAGCUACUUCGCCGGUGUCAUGGUCCGUCUGAUGCUCACUCUCACCCCAAUUGUUUGCGUCGCCGCCGCCCUGGCCGUGUCUAGUAUUCUGGACAGCUUCUUGGUCCUGACCAAGCCGAACCCUGAGUCCCAGACGAAGACCACUUCCGAGGACUCGAAGUCGCUCCGCUCGACUCAAAAGCCCGUUGUUGGCAUCUACUCGUACUUCUCCAAGGCUGUUGUAACGGGUUCCAUCACCGUCUACCUGCUUUUGUUCGUUGCGCACUGCACCUGGGUCACCUCCAAUGCCUACUCGUCUCCCUCCGUUGUGUUGGCGAGCCGCAUGCCCGAUGGCAGCCAGUUCAUCAUUGAUGACUACCGUGAGGCUUACUACUGGCUCCGCCAGAACACCCCCGACAACGCCAAGAUCAUGUCUUGGUGGGACUAUGGCUACCAGAUCGGUGGUAUGGCUGAUCGCCCUACCCUGGUUGACAAUAACACUUGGAACAACACCCAUAUUGCCACGGUUGGCAAGGCCAUGAGCUCGCGAGAGGAAGUCAGCUACCCUAUCCUCCGUCAACACGAUGUGGACUACGUUCUGGUUGUCUUCGGCGGGUUGCUAGGCUACUCGGGUGAUGACCUGAACAAGUUCUUGUGGAUGGUCCGUAUUGCCGAAGGUAUCUGGCCCGAUGAGGUGAAGGAACGUGAUUUCUUCACUGCUCGUGGCGAGUACCGUGUCGACGACGAAGCCACCCCUACCAUGCGUAACAGCUUGAUGUACAAGAUGUCUUACUAUAACUUCCAGUCUCUCUUCCCCGCUGGCCAAGCCGUCGACAGGGUUCGUGGUACCCGUGCACCAACUGAGAGCCCGCAGCUCAACACCCUCGAGGAGGCAUUCACCAGUGAGAACUGGAUCAUCCGGAUCUACAAGGUCAAGGAUUUGGACAACUUCGAUCGUGACCACAACAAUGCGGUCGCCUUCGACAAGGGUCUCAAGCGGAAGCGUGCUUCCAAGAAGAAGGGUCCUCGCGUUCUGCGAACGGAGUAG